UAUGUGAGUGGGUGGAUGGAUGGCAGUGGAUUGUGUUGAGGCGUUGGAUAUCAUUCUAGCUGUAACUGGGAGUAUCAGUAUUAUUUUAUGGUGAAAUAACCUAAUUUUCUCCAGCCAUACAGACUCGUCUGAUCCAGAUAUAAGUGGGAGUUUGAAGGAGCACACUGUUUCUGCGAACAUCGGGAUUGGUUUGCCGAUAGCAUCAUGAGUCGCAAACGGUUCAUAGACAAGAAUAAAUCGGUAUCAUUUCACCUACUUCACCGGUCCCAAAGAGAUCCUCUGGCAGCAGACGAGUCAGCCCCCGCAGAGGGUUCUCGCGGAUGGUCGAAGAUUCCAAAGGCGAUGCGGGGUCUGUCAAGGAGAGAACUUAAUGCUAAGUACGGCAUAUACUUUGAUGACGAUUACAACUAUCUCCAGCAUAUGAAGGAUGCCAAAAAGCAAGAUGUCGUUUGGGUGGAGUCCGUGGCCGCCGCCAAGAAAGGGGCAAGCGCCCCCACGCAUCUCCUCAGGAUGAGUUGUCGGAGGGCGGGCCCGUCCCUGCAGCUACCAUCGUCACUCUUCGCUUCGAAUGUGGAGGAGAAGGUCGGUCUGCUGAACAAAGCAGCGCCGGAUCACAGCCCUCCCGACGAAAUUGAGUCCGAGUUGAAUGAGAUCAUGGAUGAUGGUUACGCGCACGACCCCCAAAAUGAAUUAGAGGACAAUUUCUUCGAGUUAGCGGGUGGCCUGGCGACUGACAGUGAAAGCGACGACGAGAUUGAGGUGGAAUGGAUGAUGAGGAUGGGGAUUUUGAUUCUGAUCAGUUCGACGAAGAAGCCGUCCACGAUCUAA